CACUGACUGCCUUGCACAGCACACAUAGUUGCCUGAACACGUAAACAACGUUAUGUAACAGGGUUACUAAGUGCCCACAUUUGAACGCAGUUAUUAAUCGUUGUCUCAAUUUACAGCCAUGAGGUUUCUGUUUUGUUUUUGUCUAUUUUUCGCCCUGGGUUUGGUUUCAACCGAUGAUGAAGUCUUUGAAGCAAAAAGAGAGAAAGAUCGUGCUGAAAAUAACAACGUCAACGAUUUAUGGCUGCUUGUUGCCAAAGAGGAGGAGGAAGAAGGAAAGGAUGAGUCAGGCCACAGCAUUAAACCUACCUUACAUCCAUUCCAGGUUAUUGACAUUGACAUUGUUACUUACAGCAUGUAGGUGUAAAAUCGUGUUUUUAAUCAGUUAGCGCCAUGGUACAGAUGUCAGGCAUGUAACACGAAAACUAAUGCGGGGAAAGAGGAAUUUUAGCAAGGAUCAGCAAGGGAUACUACUUUGAAAUUAUACAUAGAAGGGAAAUUGUAGGCUUAAAAACGUUGGAUUAGAAUCUUACCCACCAGGAGUAUUUCAUUCAAUCAGAAAAUAGCGUCGGUCUUAAAUUACAUCUUUCUAAUGGUCGCUUAACAUUUAUUCAUCUUUCUAUGAAUGUUCUAUUUAUUUUGAAUUUCAGCAAUGCCUCCAAAAAUACCAUGUAUGUGUCCAAAACAGCUGCAAAAUAUGGGAGAGACAGAAAGAAUGUUUACUCCAGUUUUAUCGAUGUCAAAAUCAAUACACGGUUAGUAAAAUUUUGCUUUUACAGUUCUCUUCCUGAUGAUUAACCUGAGGCGAUACUCGAAUCAGCAAACGCUAUGGCGGCCUAACUAUCAUAACUAUAUAUCAAUUUGUAAAUCCUAAGAUAAUGUAUGUAACUGUGAGAUAACUCCCUGUCGUAAAAAGAAGGGAAUAAAAAUAAAAGAGUAGAUCGCACAUGCUCAAGGGCUCAGGUACAUUUUCGUGAUUAUUUUCAUGACACCUCAUUUUUAAUAGACAUCCAGUUAAUCAACGUGUUGUAUCCGUUAGCACGCAGGCCUUCUCAUAUUUCUUGAUACUCUUAUGGAUAACAAACUUUGGGAAUUCAGACGCUUUCUUAUGGUUUUUAUGGACCAAAUCUCUAUCUGUAUUUAUGUACACUGUAGGCACCAAGUAGCAAAAUUAUUCAUGGUCGUUUGGUUUUUUCGUAGAGAAAAUGCCGGGAGCUUUAUAAAACGUCAUCUUGCUAUAAACGUUUAGGACGUAAUAUGUGUCGUAAGAAGCUCAUUCAAUGCUAUGGCUCCGACAGUGGAAAAGCUGAUUGACUACAACAGGGCAAUGUAUGCAGGAAUUAUUGGGAGCA